AUGGCUGCGCUGUCCCCGGCUGGCGGCCCCGCCUGGGAGUUCCACUUGCCUCUCUCGGCCGCUGACUUGCUGCGCAGCCACGAGCCCUCGCAGUACGCCGUGCAGGACGUGUCGCCUGUCCGGGAGCUCCGGGCGCAGCUGGCAGAAUUCCGUGCUGGAUUCCACACCCAAGGAGCUCUUGCCAUCCUACAGCAUUUUGAUACCUUGUACAGCAUCCUGCAUCAUUUCAACUGUGUUGAAGCUGCUGUGAAGGAGGAUGCCCUGGAACUGAUGCUGAAAGUGGUGUUCAGUCACUCCAGUACCCUGACAGCCAUCUUGGAUAAUGCUGACCUGGUGCCUUCACUCCGUGCUGUUCAUCUCAAUGCUCUCAAGAUGAACUGUUACGUGCUCACACAGCUCGUGGAGGCUUUUGAAACGGAGUCUGACAAGAGCAGCCUUGUGGGGCUGGAUUCCAAGAAGAAGAACAAGAAGGGCCAGGCCGCUGGCUUCCUCUGGGAGGAGGAGAGGCAGCCAGUCCUACAGCUGCUCACCCAGUUGCUGCAGCUGGACCUCCACCGCCUGUGGACUGGCUCAGUAGUGGAGGAAGAGUUUGUCAGCUUAAUGACUGGGUGCUGUUACCGUAUGCUGGAAAACCCUAGCUCUGGCAACCAGAAGCAUCGGCCCACCCGAGAGGCAGUGAUUCAUCUCCUAGGAGUGGCCCUACAGCGAUAUAACCACAUGCUCAGCGCCACUCUGAAGGUCACACAGUUACUUCAGCACUUUGAACAUGUGGCUCCAGUGUUUGUGGAGGCUGUGAAUGUGUGGAUCAAGGAGUAUGGCAUGAGGAGCAUUGUGGGAGAGCUGCUGAGGGAAAUUGGACAGAAGUGCCCUCAGGAGCUGGCCCGGGACACUUCAGGAGCGAAGGGCUACGCCACUUUCCUUGUGGAGCUGGCAGAACAAAUGCCAGCCAUCGUACUAGCCAACAUGAGUGUCUUAUUGCAUCAUCUGGAUGGAGAGAGCUACGUGAUGCGCAAUGCCAUCUUGUCCACUAUGGCGGAGAUGUUGCUGCAGGUGCUGAAUGGGGAGCAGCUGGAGGAUGCCGCCCGCAGGACGCGGGAUCAGUUCCUGGACACCCUGCAGGCACACACGUGUGACAUCCAUGGGUUUGUGCGCAGUCGCGUGUUGCAGCUCUUCACUCGAAUUGUGCAGCAGAAAGCCCUGCCCCUGACCCGAUUCCAGGCUGUCGUGUGCCUCGCUGUGAGCCGGCUACAGGACAAGUCUGUAACAGUGGUUAAGAAUGCCAUUCAGCUGCUGGCAGCCUUCCUUUCCAACAAUCCUUUCUCCUGCAAGCUGAGUUGCACAGACUUAACUGAGCUGCUUCAGAAGGAAAAGCAGAAGCUCCAGGAAAUGAGGGAUCAGCACAGAACCACAACUGCUGUGGUGAUCCCUCCAGAGGAAGAGUGGGAAGCCAUGCUGCCAGAGCUCCAGGCAACCAUGAAGAGUUGUCUUUGCUCGCGGUUGCAGGGAGAAGAGGAGGAGGAGGAACUUGAGGUGGUCGACCCAGCACAGGCGUCUCACAAAAUCAUCCAGCUGUUGAGAAAAUCCAGUUACAAGGACGCUGUACUCCUGGUGCAAGGAGCUGCUCACCGUUUCAAGGGGGUGGAGCCAUUUGUCAGCUCUUCAAGGACAGAGGGGGAGGAAGAAAACGACUUUCUCCUGAGCAUAUUGAAAACACUCUAUACAGGUUCCCAGCCAGAAAGGGAUGUCCAAGAGCCCACCGAUGAGGCAAGGCAUGUUGAGGGGAAAGAGUCUGGGAUGGAGGCGCCCACGUCAAGUGAACUGGCAAAGCAGGAGAUGCUGGUACAGUACUUGCAGGAUGCCUACAGCUUUGCAGUCAAAAUCACGGAAGCCUUGAGCCUGGUCUCCAAGAUGAUGUAUGAAAGCUCCAUCUCUGUGGUGCAGGAGGCCAUCGAAUUCUUUGUAAUUGUCUCCCAGUUCAGCAUCCCUCAGGCUGUCCUUGGAGUCCGCCGAAUGCUCCCUCUCAUAUGGUCAAAGGAGCCAGGAAUCAGGGAAGCCGUGCUGAAUGCCUACAGGAGGCUCUACCUGAAUCCUAGUGGAGGCUCAGAAAGGGCUGAAGCCCACCGCCUGGUGCAGUCCCUCUCCCUCCUCAUGGUGGAUGCAUCCUUGGCGACUGUCCAGUGCCUUGAAGAAAUUAUCUCAGAAUUUGUGCAGAAAGAAGAAGUAAAAUCAGCUGUGGUCCAGCUGUUGUGGGAACGGUUUACAGAAAAAUCCCAGUGCUCGGCCUUGGAGCGCCAUGCAGCUGUCUUGCUCCUGGGGAUGAUGGCACGGGGGAAGCCAGAGAUUGUUGGGAGCAAUCUGGACGUCCUGGUAUCAGUGGGGCUAGAUGAGAGGGUGCACGGAAACUAUCGCCUUGCCCAGGAAGUAUGUAAUGUCAUCUCUAAAAUUGCCGGCGGUCAGAAGCCUGCCCUUGGGAAAAGUGGGGCUCCCUUCCGGCUCCCACAGUCCCACCUGCUCUUUGAGCGCCUGAGCAAGGCUAUAAACAUGGGCUUCACGGGAUCCAGUGUGCACUGGAUCUCCUUUGUGGAAACAGCCGUUGCUCUCAUCUACCAGUUGGCAGAAGGUCCUGAGGAAAUAUGUGCUCAGAUCUUGCAGCAUUGCAGCCAGCAGGCCCUGGAUAAGCUGGGCGAACUUGAAGGGACUGAGGCGGAGCCAGGAAUGGCAGGUGGCUGCAGCUCCAUCAGUGCUCUGAUGCUGACCCACCUGGUCUCCCUCGCGGGAGAUGUGGCCUUGCAGCAGCUGGUGCACCUGGAGCUGUCAGUGAGCAAAGAGCUGCGCAGGCGCCGGAUCCUUCGUGAAGAGCAGGAGGCAAAGGGACGUCGUGAUGGCAGUGCAAAGCAGCAGAAGUCCCAGAGUGCCAGGAAUGAGAGCGGCAUGGAAAUGGAGCUUGGCUUGGUUGGAGCAUCAGCUGAAGACACAGAAGUAGAGCUCAUCCGCAGUAUUUGCGAGGCAGAGUUGUUGGAGGGCAAACAGCUCCUCUCUGCCUUUGUUCCCCUGGUGCUCAAGAUAUGCAACAAUCCAGGCCAGUACAGUGAUCCGGCCCUCUCAGCCGCGGCCGCAUUGGCCCUGGGGAAGUUCUGUAUGAUCAGUGCAGAGUUUUGUGACAGUCACUUGCGGCUCUUCUUCACAAUGAUGGAAAAAUCCACCCUCUCCAGUGUGCGAGCCAACCUCAUGAUCGCUGCAGGAGACCUGGCCAUUCGUUUCCCAAACCAAGUGGAGCCUUGGACUCCCCACCUUUAUGCCAGGCUGCGGGACCCUUGCCAGCACGUGAAGCAGACGGCUGCGUUGGUGAUGACUCACCUGAUCCUGAAAGACAUGGUGAAAGUGAAGGGCCAGGUUAGCGAGAUGGCGGCUCUUCUCAUUGUUCCCGAGGAGGAGAUCGUGGCGCUGGCUCGGAACUUCUUCACUGAGCUCUCCAGCAAGGAUAACGCCGUGUACAACUUGCUUCCAGAUAUCAUCAGCCGUCUCUCGGAUCCCGACUCGGGCAUAGAGGAGCAGCCAUUCCGCACCAUCAUGAGGCAGCUUUUCUCCUUUAUCACAAAAGACAAGCAGACGGAGAGUUUGGUGGAAAAGCUUUGUCAGCGGUUCCGGACUGCCCAAACGGAGCGACAGCACCACGAUCUGGCUUUCUGUCUUACCUUGCUUCCGCUCACAGACCGAGGUCUCCGUAAGAUGCAAGACAACUUUGGUUGCUUUGGUGACAAGCUGCAGGAUGAGGCCGUCUACAGCUGCUUCCAGGCUGUUUUGGGCCGUUUCCGACGGAUGUGCACAAAGCCUGAGAUGAAGACUCUUGUUGAGGAAUUUGAGCAGAAGCUUCAGGUGUGCCAUAACAAGGGUCUGGAAUCUCCCCCCGAAACUCCAGUGGGGUCCAAGUACCCAGAAAGCAGCAGUAGGCCUGCGCACCGGACAGCAAAGAGAACAGCCACACGCUCCCGUUGCCAGCAGCCAUUGCGGACAGCCAACCGAGAGACAAGCGCUUCUUUCAUCACGCCCGAGCCCCGUCUUUCCAGACCCCUCAGAAAGGCUACCAGGCAGAAGGUGUCUGUUGUCUUCUCUAGUGAUGAGGAGAACAGCCCAGAGGAAGCAGAACUGAUGGAGGAGAAAACACCGAGCAAAACCACGCCUAUUUCCCGUGCCUCCACCCGCCGUGCCCAGUGAUGGCACCCCCUCCUCUUUUUACCCUCUUGAUUUAGUAAUAUGGAAUAAAGAC